AUUAAUAACAAUAUCCACAGCUCACCCUGUAGUUGCUCAUACUUCUGCAGCCAGCGUCUUCAUCAGUCAUAAGAGCUGCAAAUAGCAGUGUGGGGAGGGAGGAGUUUGCAAGUAGAGCCUUCCUGGGUUGAGACUUGCCACUUGGCUGCCUCUAGCAUACUUUAUUCCAUCGAAUGUUCGCAGCGGGAACUUAGAGCAUACGACUCUAAGAAAAAAUAGCAUUAACAAGUGUCUUUUGUUACUGUCAUUUCCUGUAUGUAUUAGUAGGUGUGUGAUUUCAUUGGAUAUUCCUUUUUUUUCGAUUGUCUUUGUACCUAUGAUUGAAAACGGUAGUUGGUCUAUGACUUUUGAGGAGAGGGAGAACCGAAGAUUACAGGAGGCCAGCAUGAGGCUGGAGCAGGAGAAUGAUGACCUCGCCCAUGAACUGGUAACCAGCAAAAUCGCUCUGCGGAAUGACUUGGAUCAGGCAGAGGACAAGGCAGAUGUGUUGAAUAAGGAGCUCCUCUUGACCAAGCAGAAGCUGGUGGAGACUGAGGAGGAGAAGAGGAAGCAGGAGGAAGAGACUGCCCAGCUAAAAGAAGUAUUCAGGAAACAGCUAGAGAAGGCAGAGUAUGAGAUUAAGAAGACCACAGCCAUCAUUGCUGAGUAUAAACAGAUCUGUUCCCAGUUAAGUACCCGGCUGGAGAAACAGCAAGCAGCCAGCAAGGAGGAGCUGGAAGCUGUGAAGGGUAAAAUGAUGGCAUGCAAACACUGCAGUGACAUUUUCAGCAAGGAGGGCACUUUGAAACCAGCAGCCAUCAGCAGGGAGGAUCAAGGAAUUGAAGCAGAUGACGAGAAGGACUCGCUCAAGAAGCAGCUGAGGGAGAUGGAGCUGGAACUGGCACAAACCAAACUGCAGCUGGUAGAGGCCAAGUGCAAAAUCCAGGAACUUGAACAUCAGAGAGGGGCCCUUAUGAAUGAAAUCCAAGCUGCAAAAAACUCUUGGUUUAGCAAAACCCUGAACUCUAUCAAAACGGCCACGAGCACCCAGCCACUGCAGCCGCCUCAGGCCACCCAGCCGCCKAAGGAGAGCACAUAGCUCCAGCCUCACCCCAGCACAAGAGCACAACGAUCAAAGCAACGGAAACCCGGGAGCCAUCUUCCCGGUGUCCCUUUGAAGGAAAGUAAAGGAGGCCAGAAAGCAAGCCAGAAUCCUUCAGUAGCUCUCAUUCUUUCCUGUAUGACACUUUUCAAAGGGAUGUUAGUUAAAUUGACCCGAUUUAUGUUGGAUACCUACUGCCCAGCUUCUUCCUGGGAAGCCAUGUUCUGAUCCAUCCUAGUAUUACACAUUAUUUUAUAUGCCUGAUGUUUAGUUGGAAAUAAGUAAUUCAGAACUAAGUGCUUUUUAUUUAGAACUAAUUAAUUACUCCUAAUAAUUUUAUCCUACAAAAAUGGAAUCAUCUGUCAUUCSAAGGUUGAUGUGAUAGGAAGAUCUUUGUCACAGGGAAAAAAAAAUUGAAACCUAAACCUCUUUAGCUUUUCAGGAUUUAUUCAGAUAAAGCACACUGUGGGGCCAGUCAUGACCACUGUCAGGUUUCAUCCUAAAACCAGGGAGCGAUACUCCUGCCCAAUGCAAGAACAGACCAGGGGUUGAAAAGUCCCCAAAGAUAAUUGGUUUAUUUUCAUUUUCUUUCAUGUUUCAUUUUCUGAAGUGCCAAGAACUGUGGAAUGGAUGGGCUAUUGAGAAUGCAAACUCAGUGAGUGAACUGAGAUUUUGACAAAUGUGGAGUAAAGUCAUUUUGGCUCUGGUGUUCUAGYAGAUCCUUUCAAAAAUCCACAAGGGACUUGCGUGUUCCUAGUGUGGCUAGGUAUGAACACAGAUGAGACUUCUGGCGAGUGUCCAGUCAAGGGUGGYUAUUGUGAGUUGCACUUAGGGAACCUUCACCGGAGAGUUGGAGAAAAGCCCAGGUUCAGUUGCUGUGCUUAUAGUGAAGUACAGAACCAGCAACAGAGUUCUUUCGUUUGAUGUUGACAUAGUUACUAAGGAAACACUAAUAUUCUAUAAUUUUGUUAGAGGACAUAGUAUUGAAAUAGAAAUCGAGGUCAGCUUCAUCACCUUAGUUAAUGUUAGGCAACAUUUCCUCACUGCUGUAGCUCCCUAGUAUGUGCCCUUGGUACCUGUAGAUGAUGAUACAAAUGCAUUUAUAACAUUUUUGAUUGAAUACAAAAUCUUUAUAGAAAUACUUAUCUAACAAAAGAUAAGGCUAUUGUUUAAAAUUGGUGGAAAUAUUUUUWAAAAUUAUAUUUAACAUACCUAUAUAAAUAGUCCUUACAAGAAAUUCUUUGGUAAGGGCAAAAGUAAUUUUCCCAUUUUCUAAGCUAUUUUGGGGAUAUCUGAUCCUUUCACACCAACAAAACUACUGUCAGCUAUGUACAGUAAUGUUUACUGAUAUUCAUCCUUGGCUUCUUUGUUGGAUAUAUUGUUUUUAAAGGAUCUUAAACUUUGUAGUGCCAGAGUGGUUCUCUUCUGUGCCAUAUAUUGCAGUUAUAAGGAACACAACUCUUGAAAGUUAGAAUCAAAUAAGAACCUUCUCAAUCCUAGGAGGAUGCACUACAAGCUGCUCACCACAGAUCCUUUCCUCUAGAAUGAUAUUUGAAUUCUAAAAAGUGAAAUCCCCUUCAUCUGUUUCUAUCAUCUGCAACAUAAAACUGUUAUGUUUGGUAUCCAUGACACUUGUCAAAUAAUACUUUUCUUUGGAACUCUUUUUGUUGUUAUUGUUCUGAUGCCUUUUAUUAUAAAAUUCAUUUCUUUUUACCAAAAAGGAAAAUAACUCAGCAUUCCAAGUGUCUGUUGACUUUAAAAUCCCCUACRUGGUGGAUUAGAUAAGCUAAUAUAUAUAUAUUUUUGUGUAAAAUAUAAUGGCUAAAAAAUUUCAUCUUGGCACCUGUCUCUGUAAAUCAUUAGUGGAGUCUGUUAGCUGAAGUGGUACUUUAUGCUUGGUUCCAGGAAGCCCUAUACAAGUUGCCUUUGCAAAUGGCCAGCCAAAUUGCAGAUACUCUUAUGUCGUGAACUUCAUAGUAACAACAAGCUCUUUUUAGCUUCAGAAAUAAAUACAUUCCACAGAAUACCAAGUUGCAUAAUUUUUCUUAAAUGUCACAGGAGAAGUAGAAGGCUUUAAGUCAAGUCCUUGUCUGUGGACCUGGUUCAGUUUUUAGUCCUGUUCCUUUUAGUCUUUGAACAGAAUCRCCAGGAGCAUGCAUUCCAAAAGUUUGGUAAAUUUGUCUUUCUAGUCUUAAUUCUUAUAAAGGAUUAUAAGGUCGAUACACAGUUUUCUUAUUUUACAUCCCCACAUCAAACUGGGUAUGUAUAUUGGUGUGGCAAGUCUGAGAUGACCCUCACUGCAAUACCUUUGAAUUWGUAGCAAUAGUGAAGAUUAGAAAUGGCCAGGCAUAGUGACACAUACCUGUAAUCCCAGCCACCUGGGAGACUGAGGCAGGAG